CGGCGUCUGCGGUGCGUUCCUCCGGCGCGGAGACAGGCCUGGAAAGGGGCCAGGCUGAGGGUCCUGUACAGAUGAAAAUGGCAACAUUGGGCAGAUCCUUUCAAGGAGUUCCUUCUGUGGAAUUUCCUCAGACUCCAGCAGCUCUCUCUGAGAGUACCUUCCAACCUGGCAUCACACAGAGUGAGUUGCAGCCUGGAACUGUGGGGCAUGAAUAUCCCCAGCAAAGCAUGGGGGCUACGGCUGGGAAUGGAAAUGAUAUAAUAGAAGGCUCUGACCCCACCAACUCAUACCUGGACCUUGCUUCCCCAGCUGCAGUUGGAAGUUAUGAUGACACCUUGACUAUUGCAACAGUUCCUUUCACAGACUUUGAAAUCCCACCAAUACUAUUGCAGCCGCAGAUUCGCACCCAAGUUUCUCUUUGCCGUGGAAAGAAGCAUAAACUAGAGGAAGAGGUGGAUGGUUGCCCGGAAAAGAAGAGACUAUUUAAAACUGUGCCCUACUCUCCGAAUCCCAGCAGUGAAACGAUUCUCUGUGCAGGUCAGCAGGUAGCUGGGGAAGUAGCAAGGCCAUGCACUGGUAACCUUUGUGAAGCGGGCUUGUUAGAGAUUGCCUGUGAAGAGAUGGACCAGACAAUGGGAGAACAGCAAUGUGAGGUUGCUCGCAGGAAGCUUCAAGAAAUUGAAGACAGGAUAAUUGAUGAAGAUGAAGAUGUUCAUGCCGAUGAGAAUACUAGCAAUCUGCCCACCCUUGUCCUGUCUGAUACUCUUCAAAAGGGGUUGAGGAGGGAUUUUGAUCAAGUCCUGACAAAAAAAAUAAUAGAGUCCAUGAGCCGACCCUCCAUGGAGCUGGUGCUCUGGAAACCUCUCCCUGAGUUCCUCACAGAUAAACUGAAAUCUGUUUCUGUUGCUAAGAACUACAAGCAGCAAGCUACAGAAGGGUGCCAAGCUAAGCAGUCAGCUCUUGGAACUCCCUUCCAGCCACAAACUGAAACAUUCUCUGAAGCACAACAAACUAUGCCUUCAGGUCUGUAUAGUAGCCUAGAAACAUCUGGGAGUGUAGAAGAGGAGAUGGAAUUAUAGAAGUCAGAUUUCAGGCUGCAAUGGUGAAUUUCUGAAGAUUUCUGUGGCUGACUUUCACUCCCUCUACCUUCCAGUUAUGAGGUAUGGACAGGAAGUUGUUGUUGUUGGGAUUUUCUGUUUUUUGGGGGAGUUGGGGGUUUUUUUGGGUCACAAUCAGAAGAAUCUGCGGUUGCCACUUUAGGAGAUUGAAGAGAAGCUUUAUAGUCUGUUAAAAGCAGCAUCUUUGACAAGAAAUCCAGUGGCCUUUGGUGCAAGGAAGUGGUUCUCCAAAUGGCUGAUUGCACCUGUGCUCUUAGUCGCCAUGGUAAGGAACAAAGUGCUGAGAUUGAAUAUGUUGGUGGUUCAGACAACCCUUCUACUUGGAGAGCCAUUAAGGCUUUGGAGCAUAUACUUCUCUGUGCUCGUAAAGCAGACGCCUAGAGAAUGUUCUCAGCUGAUUGAUUUGGCUGCAGUUCUCCCUUGGUCUGUAUCAGAUUGGAAAGCCAGACAUAGCCUUUGGAAAUACUUCUGACGCACCUUUUGACUUCAAUCUUGAAAUGGAAAAUGUGUGAAUCAGAUCUAGAGGAGCUACUUUAACUGAGCUUUGUGUAAAUGUUGUCUCAGUAAGGGCCAAAUCCUACUUGCCAUACGUGACUAACCUCAAACUUUGAGUGGGACUACUUGUAUUAGCAAAGGGAGCAGAAUUUGACUCUACAGUUAAACCUGGACUUAGUAGUUUACGUAAACCAGAAACCCGCAUCAUAAAAACUAUAUCCUGAUUUUCUGUAGUUUUUUACAUUGCACCUGGAUUAUUAACUUACACUGCAGGGAUUUAUUCCAGAUAAUAGUACUGCAGGAAAGGAAUCCAGUUCAUUGCUUAUUAGAAAGUAGUACAACAAAUGUAUUGGUAUGUGGUAAACCAAGUAAUCUCAUGAGUCCGUCAGUCUCAAGGUUUCCUUGGAGACAUCUGAACUGAGGUUCCCUUUGUGAAAAUACUCUUCUGGGUAAAGGCGAUAUUAGGAUGGUAAUUCUCAAUCUGUUUGCCUAGACUUCCCCCAUACCAGGAGGAAGCCCAUACAAUGGCUCCGCAGGAAAGAAGCUUUAGAUUUAUUGGAAAGGCAACUGUCUACACUACUUUGCUUAGCAUAUCACCUUAAUAGAUGAUGUGAUUAGACCUUUUUCUUGCUAACAACCCAUUUUAUGCAUUUUAAAGCCCAGCAUUUAAUUUGCAGGCAGCUUUUCUGCUCCUUUGGCUGUCAGUGGCAUUUUAGCUGAAAGGAGAUAUUCUUUCUAACAUGGGUGUUCGGAGUUAGGUAGAGAACUGUCAUUUCUGUCUGAUAUUAAUAUGGUUUUCUAUCCCAAUCUUCUUGCCCCAGAUUCUGAAAGAGCAUUAAUGUUUAAUAUUUAAACAGUGUUUAAGAACUACACAUUAAAAUUAUUCUGUUGUUUGAAUCAGCAUUGAGCUAGGCUGGAAACUGGUGCAUAACCUGACAUCUCAGCCCUUGAUUUUUGUAUGGGGCAGCAAAUGUGUGCAGUUUUCAUAUGCUCUUGUAGCUAACUUAUGUGAGGUCGGAGAAAGCUUCCUGUAUGUAAUAUGUAAAACUUCUCAUGUGAAUGCUAUUAAUUCCUAAAUGAGACUUAAAUUCUACAGCAUCUGGGAGGCUGCAGUGUCACCAUGUGGAAAAGAGUCAAAUAAUAUGGAAGUGCUGAAGGGAAAACAUCAUUGUCUGCUUUGUGAGGUUAGAAGGGGUUGCAGUGCUUCCAAACAGAGAUCUGCUCUUCACUUGUAUGACUUUUGAAAAGGGUCACAGUUCAAAUUGUACUGAUCAGAUGGCUCUGGUCCUCAGUUCAGUGAAUGAGUAGGAGGAAACAUUCAUAUGUUUAAUGGAAUCAUCUUGCCAAUACCUAAAAUUAUGGUACAGAGGAACCUGGAGGAUCGUAGGGUGCUAAGUGUUAAAUCCAAAUAGGGCUCUUUUUUCCUCUCUUAAAAAAAUAUUAGAAGUAAUAUUUUAAUCUGAAUGUCCAAGAGGAAAACGUGUCUAUACUCUGCCUAUGGUCUUAACUCCUUCGUAUGUGUGCCAAAGGUUACUAUUCAGAUGUAUGUUUUCUCCUUACAUUCUGUGCUGAUGCAGUUUUCUCUGAGCCCUAGUACUACUCUACCACUUCAAUUAAGAUUUCUCAGUGGUUUAUUGGAAACAUGUUCAUUGUCCUAAGCCAGAGAGUGAUGUUCUCCAAAGCAGUUCAGCAUUAAUUAGUAAACAUCUAAUUUGGUUUUCAGAAGUCUUUAUUGUUUUAUAUUAAGGGGAACCAUUCAAAGCUCCUCUUCCUUUGAUGAGGGAAAGGGAAAACUGCUUCCCAUCCUGGGACUAAAUGGGUUGCUAAUUGAACUAAAUUGUGCUUUAAGAAAACGUGUUAAGAUGUGAGCAGCUGCACGAUACAAAAGUUGUGUCCUGACAGUUCUAUUGUUAGCUUGAUUAAGGUUUUUUUGGUUCUGCAUGUUAAGUGAGGGCGCAAUACUGAGAAUAUUCUUUCUGGAUGUUUUAUUUUGAAAUAUGAACGAUCUUGUUCUGGUUUGUCUUCUGUUGGGACCAAAUCACCAUUUGUAUGUCAUAAUUUUCAAUAAAGUUUUUAAAAUUGCUGUAAAACACACUGGAAAUUAAGAUGU